AUGGAAAAGGUUAUGGGCAAUAGAAAGACUGGUUCUCCAGCGGUUUGUGAUACCACAAAGCCAAUGGAAUGGAUACAUGACAAGGACGGCAAGCAAAGCAAUGGCGAUGAUGACAACACAGAUGAAGAAUCAGCUGAAAACAGUCAUAGCAGCAACAAUGAGGAAUAUGACAGUCAAAAUGAUAACAUGUCUGUACUCUGCUCCCCUCCUUCUAAGUCAAGCUCUUCUAGAAAACGCAGAAGAGUAGACAUCAAAUAUAAAGAGUUGGCAGAAGAGCUAGAAGUUCUUAAGGACGAUCUUUACAUUAAGCAAGAACGCAAAUUUAUACACAGAAAAUUUGAAAACAUGAUGAAAGCAGUUGCAGAAUUGAUCAAAGUGCAAAACUGGUCAGAUGAAAAAGUGCAAGAGCAAACUGAUGACGUUUACAAUAAAACAUAUGGUAGUUAA